AUGAAGAAUUGCUGUCACUUACAGCUUAAAAUAACAUUGACAAUUUAUUUAAUUGCAUUAUUAAUAGUUGCUACCACAUUUCACCUUAACCCGCCAGUACUUGAUAGUUGCACCGCUGACUGCUUGAUACCAGCCGAAAAUAGUACUAUAUGGUUACCAUAUAGUUAUCCACCAUGUAUUCAUCCUGGUCAACCAGUACUACGUUUGUCUUUUACAACAGUCUGUAAGAGACCAAAUUUUCUGACAUCACGAAGUGUUUCUCUAGAUUCGUCAUCUGGUGUGCUAUUUGCUGAGGAACGCGUGUGCUUCUACGUAGAACGGUGGCACGUGGCAUAUUCAUAUGUUUGUUCUGGUAAUAGCGUACCGCAGCAAGGCAUUGUUUUUCUGGAUCACAAGAAGUACGCCACAAAAAGGCGAUCAAAAAGAUGGAUGCGAAGGAGAAAUCCAACGGUACCACGGAUACACUUCCAACAAGAACGAUACAUUACUGAAAUUCCGGAAGAUACACCAAUCAAUUCACUGAUUAUUCAAUUACACGCCACUCAUAUUACUAAUGAAUCAAUGUAUUAUGCUAUGGUAGCACCUGAAGAUUCUCGUUCAUCUAAUAUUUUUACCUUAGAUACCGUUUCCGGAGACAUACGAGUUGGAAAAGCGCUGGAUCGGGAAACGUUGGAUCGGCAUGUGUUGAAAGUAACAGCUUAUGAACGCCUUGAUCCAGCUGUAUCAGCAAGUAGUUCAGUAAUUGUGGAAAUCCUGGAUGUCCAGGAUAACGCACCAAUUUUCGAACGCAAUUCCUAUUAUGCUGAAAUUCGAGAGGAUGCACCAAUUGGCACAACAAUAGCAUCAGUUUUUGCCCGUGACUUAGAUAUCGGUUUGAACGGGGAAAUUGUUUAUUCACUCGGUGAGGAAAGUGGUGCUGAAUUACUUCAAAUUCAUAGUUCAACAGGGGUCAUCCAAACGGCACAGCACCUGGAUCGAGAAUUAAUGAAUAUUAUCCGGAUAUAUGUAUAUGCAACCGAUAAAGGAAUACCACCGAUGACAUCAAGAGCUCUUCUGGAGAUUAUUCUUCUUGACGUCAAUGAUAAUGCACCUGUUUUUGAACAGGAAUUUUGCAAUGUUACAAUAAUGGAAAAUAUCACCGUACCGUCCAAUAUUUUGCAAAUCAAAGCAACAGACAGCGAUUCUGGACAAAACGGAAAAGUGCAUUAUAGUAUUGUAGCGUCUAGCAUAAAUGGGUUUUCCAUAGAUUAUGAAAGCGGUUGGAUAAAACUGCACCAAAAACUGGAUUCACGAUCCAAUCCUGCAACACUUUUAGUGAGAGCCAAAGAUUCAGGCCAACCUGCUCAAUCUUCAACGAUUAAUUGCGCUCUACACAUCAUCGAUAUUAAUGAUCACAAGCCACAUUUUGUUGGAUCACAGCAAGAAUUGUUUGUGGAAGAAAACGUACCAAUCGGAUAUGAAAUAACACGAAUUUUUGCUAUCGAUGAAGAUAGCGGUAUUAAUGGUCGAAUCACGUAUACAUUAGAAGGAGAAGAAAAUGCAAAUGAAACAUUUCGCAUUGACCGAAUAACAGGAAUUAUUACAACUAUAAGUAAGCUUGAUCGAGAGGAAAAGGAAAAGUAUAUACUUAAGAUGAAAGCAGAAGAUGGCGGAGAACCGCCACUAUCUGACAAUUUACUAAUAACAAUAAUAGUUCGUGACAUCAAUGAUAAUGCACCGUAUUUUGAACCUAACUUUUACAAUAUUACUGUACCCGAAAAUGAAAUACGUGGAACGUCAUUGAUCAGCGUAAAAGCUAUCGAUCAUGAUAAUGACGACAAAAUAGUAUACCGUAUUGAAAGAGCCGAUAAAGACAUUUUUUCACUUAUUCACUCAGCUGAUCAGGGUGCCAUAUUAUCAUUGUCGGGUGAAAUUGAUCGUAUGGAUGAUACGAUACAUGUAAUAAUAACAGCAACUGAUAAAGGUGGUUUAACAGGCACUUGUACAGUAACUAUUAUUGUUACUGAUGUUAAUACUGCACCAAUAUUUCUUGCUCAUCCAUUCACAGUACAUAUACGGGAAAAUAUCCCGAUCGGCUCAGAAGUGAUACAGCUGAAAGCAGAAGAUCAGGACCGGCAUGACAAUGCCAAACUUACCUAUUCUCUUGAUAGAAAAGAAUUUAGUAUUGAUAAGGAAACGGGCUUAAUAGUGAUGGCGAAAGAGGUAGAUCGAGAAGAACGUAGUAGCUAUUUGCUUAAUGUUACUGUCACCGAUCAUGCAACUAAUCCGCUCAGUGCAAGCACAUUUCUUGAAAUUAUUCUGGAUGAUGUAAAUGACAAUGCACCGGAAUUCACAUCUGAAAAUUACACGGUUGCAAUAGCGGAAGACACGCCAAUUGGAACAUCAUUCACUCAAGUGGCAGCUGUUGAUGUAGAUGAGGGAGAUAACGCAAUUAUUGAUUAUUACCUGAUUGAGGAGAAUGGAAACGGUGAUACCUUUAAAUUGGAUAGAUCAUCUGGAACAUUACGUGUCGUUAGUAAGUUGGAUCGUGAAAUGAUCGCCAGGUAUCAAUUAACAGUGAAAGCACAGGAUCGCGGUAAUCCACCAUUAUCAUCUUUUUCCACAGUAUCAGUAGUUAUCACUGAUGUUAACGACAACGCACCACAAUUUGAAUCACUUCGGUAUGAUUUAUGGAUCGCAGAGAAUAGUCCCAUAGAUACCACAGUUGGUACCAUUAUUGCUCGUGAUCAAGAUGAAGAUGACAACGCUCUCAUACAAUUUCGAAUAUUUGGUGGCAUUGAUGCAAAACUUUUCGAUAUUGAAACGGCAUGUCCUCAUCAUAUUAUUGGUCAGCUAAGUUCUAUUGUACCCGUUUAUGUCCACGUCAGUGAUGUCAACGAUAACAGACCUCAACUUCGUGACUUCACUGUUCUUUAUGCAAAUCAUGUUGAUGAACCUGUGGAGCGAGAGAUAGGAUAUAUCCCAGCUUUUGAUCCAGACCAUAAUGCAACCUUGGAAUAUAGCAUUGAAAUAAACGAUAUUUUAAUGGUGGAUCAAUAUAAAGGCUCCAUCAUGCUGAAGAAUGUUUGGAAACGAUAUAUAAAUGCUGUUUAUAAGAUCUGUGUUUCUGAUGGUCCGAAUAAUGUUUGUGCUAAAUGUCGGUUCAUUUACAUACCCGUAGACGAUGCUAUUAUCCGCAACGCGGUUACUGUUGGAUUUCCGGAUACUCGUUAUGAAGAAUUGUUAGAUAACGGUAUUUUUGAACGAUUUACAAGUGCUAUAUCAUUGUUAAAUAAUUGGCAUAGCGAUGAUAUUUGGGUAUUUAGCAUUCACACUCAUAAUAAAUAUACGAAUGUAUCAUUCGUUGUUCAUCACGCACAUACCAUUCAAAGAUCGGAGCAUGUAGAAGGAUUAAUUACAAAUGGACUUGCCAAACUAAGUGAUAUAAUUGGUAUGAGAUUAAUGAUACACAGAGAUGCUACGUGUUCUAAUGAACCGUGUCCAUACUUUCAACAGUGUAGAAAUAUCCAGAAAUAUGUGAAAACCACGCAGAAUUUUAAAACGGACAAUUUCCUGAUGCAUUCUUUGGAUACUGUCAAUUCAUUUCAAUGUCAAUGUCCAGUUGGAUUUAUAAGCAGCGAUGGCAUUGAGCAAUCGUGUAAUCAUCGUCUUGAUAUGUGCUUCACGUCACCAUGCCAACAUCAAGGUACCUGUGUACCAUUAGAAAAUGGAUAUCGUUGUGAUUGUCCACCACAAUGGACAGGAGAAAAUUGCGAAAAUUCGAUUUACAUGGACAAUUGUUUGCCCAAUUCGUGCUUUUCAAAUGCUGUAUGCAAAUUGGUAAAUCGAACGGCGAAAUGUGUUCAAUGUCGUUGGCAUUCGCAUGACACGGAUUCGCAGUGUAGACUGCGUUCCAUCUCAUUUGGAGAAGACGGUGGUUACAUCGUUCUACCCCUUCAGAUUACUCGAAUGGAGUGGAAAUUGCAAUUUAGCAUAGCAACAGUGGCAUCCAAUGGUGUGCUGCUUUUUGUGGGAAAUUUAUCGUCCGAUUUUCUGGAAGUGUCAUUGCAAGAUGCACUUGUUCGGGGACGAUUUUCCCUCGGUCAUGACAUAUAUGAGGUAACAAUGGAUGACUGGCCUGAAAACAGAGUAAACGAUGGGAAAUGGCAUCAAAUAACGCUCGAUUACUAUGAUAAUAAAUUGAUCAUAUCACUGAAUGAUUGUGAUGCUUAUAUUGCCAUGAAGUAUAGCAAUAUCACUGGCUACCGGAAAUGUGCUGUUGAAGUUAUCGCAAAAUUACCGAAAAAAUGUGAAGAUCCAGCUGUAAGCUGUUAUCGAUUCUUCGAUCUUCCUGCUACUAUAAAUCUUGGCGGUCGAGCAGUAACUAUUGCUAAACAGAAUUAUAUCAGCGGAAUCGAUGGUGACCAAUACGGUUUAGCAAGAAUUCAAGAACCAUUCGUCGGAUGCAUCUCAAAUUUAACUUUUGAUGGAACACUAUUAGAUUUUUCAAAAUUUGAGGAAUUUGAAAAAAUUGGGGACUUGCAGCAUGGUUGUAAACAGAAAAGAAAUGACUGCCACAGUAAUCCAUGUCAUCCUACUGCAAUUUGUGAGCCGGCAUGGGAUGGAUAUCAUUGUCGUUGUAAGCAAACAGCGCAUACUAAUGGGCCUUGCAUCGAUGAUGAAAAUUCAUUUGUUUCACUUUAUGACGAAGAAUCGUUUGUUUUCUGGAAUAUACCAGAUAAUAUGAAAUUCUACAAUUUAUCAUUUGAAUUUCGGACGCGUUCACGUGAAACACAAGUUAUUGCAGCUGAAUUUUUUAAACGGUCGCAAUUUAUUAUUUUCUCGGUAAGUCAAGGCAAAGGACUGAUAACCAUUGGCUCUGAACAGUAUUUUCUCUCGUUCCCAAAUUUUGCCGAUGGGAAUUUAAAAAGUUUUUCAAUUGCUGUUGAAAAAUAUGCUACGCUCAUUCGUAUCGUAAUGCCAAAUAAUAAUUUAUAUCGUGACAUACGCAAAGUUUAUUCGGGAUUAGCUCCAUCAACCAGUUAUCCACAACGAUUUGAAGGAUGCAUUCGAAAUGUUAAAAUCAAUGAUUUACGGUUGAAAUUGGCUGAAAAUAUGAUGACAAAGCCUGGUUGUCAAGUACCAAAUGCAUGCAAUUUGCCGAAGACCUGUCCAGUUAAUAGUAUUUGUGUUCGAGAAUGGGAUCGACACCGUUGCGAAUGCAAGCAGGGUUUCAUUGGUGAUGGAUGCGUAAAUAUUUGUUCAUUACCGAAUUUAUGUGGUAGAGGAGGCGUAUGUCACACAAAAAAUAGUUCAACAGGAUACGAAUGCAACUGUAGUGGAGAAUUAAGUGGACGGAAUUGUGAGCGCAAAAUAGCGUUGCAAGUAUGCCCAAAAGGAUGGUAUGGUACUUUUCCGAAUUGUAAACAAUGUUCCUGUGAUACCGGAAGAGGUUUCCUAGAACAAUGCAAUACUGAAACGGGCGAAUGUUAUUGCAAGAGUGGCACCUAUUACUCGGGAGAUGAAUGCAUAUCGUGUGACUGCGGUUAUGGUUCCUCAGACUUAACUUGUACUUCGAAAGGUCAAUGUCAAUGUAUUGGUGAAGCUGUAGGUCGUCGGUGUGAUCGAUGUCGUGGUUCAGAUCAAGUUUUAGACCGGAAAACUUUAAAAUGUUUGAAAAUUAAGAAUAGAUGUCCGUCAAACAUUGAGUAUGGUAUCCAGUGGCCAACAACCAUUGUUGGAGCAACUGCAAGACAAAGUUGCCCAAACGGUGAAGUUGGUUUAGCUUUGCGAAAAUGUCUGAGAAAUGCCUACUGGGAUAAAAUCAACAAUUACAAUUGUACUCUUCCUGCCUUCACUAAGCUAGAUUUAACUGAUCGGAUGAAGCUUGCACAAAGUUUGAGAAAUGUGACAAGCACCGUGCUGCAUUUGAAAGGUGUUAAUGUUGCUAUUGCCAGAAAAGCGUUGAAGCAAUUGAUCAAGGAAGAACUUAGUGGAAAUGAUUCUUUGAAUAACCAUUUGAAGUCAACAGAAUAUACCAAUCAUUUACUGAAAGUGGCAGACAGUUUGCUGAAGAUAAAGGAUUAUCCAGACAAUGCUCAAUUAAUUCGCCUCUUCAAUGAUUAUGGCAUCCAUAUAGCGAACAUUCAUCAAAUUCAUUCAUAUCUCAAGCCAUUUAUGUUCUGCGGACAAAAUAUGGUCUUCGCAGUAGACGAGAUGCCUGAUGGAAGUCGAAUAUUGCCAAAGUUCAAGAAUUUCGUGGAUGAACGCGUGGAGAAUUUCCCUAGUAUACAGAUGAAGCUUCUAUGUGAUGAUACAAUAGCUUAUUCUAAAAAAGUUAUAUUUUACAGUAUGUUUAACAAUAUAGACCGUUUCCACUGCAAAGCACCGAUCGUCGCCGUUUACUACAAUGCCACCUGUGCAAUUCAAGUACUAUUCCCAGUUAGCGAAGAAGCUUGGAAGUACCCAGAAUGUGUGAUUGCCGAAGAUCCGACAAAAAAUAGCGAACUAUCCAGAACUAAGGAUGGGGCGAGUGAAAAUAUGGAAACGGAAAAUAUAUUUCUGGAGUGGUCUGCACAAAGGACGGCACUCGUGGGACUUAAUCGGACCCAUGCUAUUUGUAAUUUCGAAAGAUCUGGUGUUUAUACGAUUAUUAUUCGACCAGAUCAUGGAGCUCUGAUCCGUUUUAUACCUUCAAAAACCAUACCUUAUGCCGGAUCAUUGUGCGUAACGUUUGCUCUUGUUUUACUUUUACUAUCUGCAAUCCGGACCCUUUAUCGACCCUGUCUACGCCUAAGGCUUAUUCGAUUCGGCUUCAUCCUUAUGUUUGUAUUUGAUGUGGCCGCUAUUUUCUUGGUUCAUCGCCUUCAACCAAGUAUUUUGCCUUGCACGGAAUACAAUUAUAAGCUUGUGUACUUCGGCAGUAUUUGCAUGGCUUUUUAUGUAUUCCUUCCACAUUUAUCGACUCCUGGCAACGGGAAAAGCAGAGUCGAAUUCGAUUUUUACGCAUUUUCGACGGCUCUUCUGAUAUCAUUUAGCAAACAAUUCGAUUGUAUGGUUACCGAGUAUUCCAUUCGAGCAACACUUUGGUUGCAUAUCGUCCUGUCUAUAUUAUGCCUAUUCUACAAUUCUUUCGGUUUUUACAUAUUGUUCGAUCGUGUUGACAGCCCACUCUAUGAAAUUGCUUUGAAUUCAACAUUGGUUUUCGUCGCCACGUAUAUUUUCUUAUGGACAUAUUAUUUUGGUCCAAAGCGAAAUAGUCGUUAUGAUAGUGGUUUAUGGAUGAAUAAUUUGCCGAAAAGUAGAGAAGAAGUUUUGGAUCCUCAAUGUCAAACUCCACUCCUGCUGCAGUCAUCAAAUACAGAUGCGGAAAUAAGUGGAAACUGCGUUAAUGGAUGGAUGCCCGAUAUCAUACCUUCAGUAACAUAUGCCCAUCAGGAAUCGACCCAUGGUGUACCACAUCCGAAAAUUUUAAGUCCACCGAUGAAAAUACUCCACCAUGAGGCAUAUGCUACUGCAGAAGGAAUUGCUUUACUCUAUCAGGACAACGCUGCGACCAAUGAAAUCGAUCAUGUUUAUGGUACCUAUUCUAGUAAACAUCAUUAUCCAUCCUUUACUUUUAGUCGUUAA